AAUGCCUCGGGAAGAGUCAGAUUACCAGCAACCCAUAGCACACGCAGUUCCGUUCAUUCCACUCGUAAGAAAGAAGCCAAAUGGCCGUGAAAGUUGGCUUUAUCUCUCUCUUCUGCAGAAAGGGAGACGCGAGACCGCUCUCUUCUCCUCCUGCUUCAUGGCUUUGGCCCUCUUGCAAGCACCCAACGACCCACUCAUUCAGAAAGGAAGACGGCGCUGAAGUUUCCGACGGCUUGGGUUCAUCGUACUUGGACUUAACCGAAUCGUGCUUCUCGACGGCGUCGGAGGACGACUCAGCGGCCGAGGGCGUGGAGGCCGUGGUAGUUCGAGGGCUACGAUCGGACCGGCUCUUCUUCGAGCCGGACAGCACGAGCUCGAUAACGGCGGCGGCGGCGGCCAAGACUGAGAGCCUUCCCUUCGAAGGAAGCAUCGCCAUGGAAGUGGAGUCGGAGGACCCGUACUGGGAUUUCAGGUGGUCCAUGGAAGAGAUGGCGAUGGCCCAUGGACUGGUGGAUGUGCAGUGGCUCGAGGAGAUGCUGUGCUGGUACUUGAAGAUGAACGAGAAGAGGUGUCACGGGAUCAUAGUCGAGGCCUUUCUGGAUUUGCUUCUGAGCCUCGCUUGUUCUAUUACGCCUGGGAUGGAGGAUGGGGAAGACGAUGUAUAUUAAUAUCACAGUGUGUUUUGAACCUCGACAAGAUUUAUAGGGUUACUGUUCGAUGCAUUCAAGCGGUGAAAGAAUCAAGUUUGACCCUUCUCUUGGGACCCGCAGCG